AUGGAGAUCCCGGGCAGAUAUGCACCGAGGGAGCCAGGAGGCUCACCGCCGGCCAUAUACAUCGAGGGUUCCAACCACUUUGACCAUUAUGGAGGGUCGGGUCGUUCCCAUAUGCAAUCGAGAUUCUCGCCAACCCUUUCUUCCUCUACUCCCAUGCCGAUAGCUAAUAGCCGCCGUCGCGCCGAAGACGACGCGCCGCCACCAUUACCUCCCCCUAAGUACCUUCCUGGUUUGGCACAGCCAGGUCCUUCCAGACAUGACCGUAUUCCUUCAAUUGAUUCGAAUGCGAGCUGGGAAAGCACAAGACCAGAAUCGGAUUUUGAUCGACCCCGGUUUGGUAGGGCUGAUAGUGACCGCGGGACGGUACGUCCUCAGAGAGACGAGGGCUACCACAGCCUCAACUCCACGAUCUCCUCGUUAGGAUCGCACGACUCUCUUCCUAAGAAAUUAUUCAUGUCCCACGACCAGUACCAGUUCAACAGGCCGAACAGUAAUGAUUAUGACUCGAAACUAAUCAAGAAGCUGGAUUCUCGACGGACAUUCGACAACCGGUCCCCGCCAAGACGUUCAGCGCUCGGCGCUGCUGCAAACAAUGCGAGCUCGAGCAUGCCUAGUCACGAACAUCGCCUGCAACCUCAAUUAACGCCUCUCUCCCUCCCCAUCCGCUCGAGUAACAAGUUAGUUAUCGAUUCUCCAGGUCGUUAUACCGAUACCCCUCCACAAUCUGCCAUCUCAUCAUGUGGCCCGUCGUUCUACGGGGCGCCUAGUAGUGAAUACCGUUCGCCCAUUGAACCUAUAGAUCUGGAUCGGUCGCCAUUCGCGCGAACGAGAAGGAACAACAGUGGCUCAGUACCUGAUGAUGCAACUAUUUCGACGCAUAGUAGUUACGACAACGGAGAUGACAACGACUUCCCAAUGGAGGACAGGCCCCAAAUAGAGCAUCAAGCCAUUGGACUGAAGAGGAGGGCGUCUUCACCACCUGGCGAUGAUAUGCCAAUGCAAGGCAUGUCAGGGUCAUGCAACCUACUCCGACAUCGCGAGGGCGCAUCGAGGUCAUCACCAACCCCGCGCCUCUCCGGCAUUCCCCCAAGUUCUAUGCCUUCUAUUCCACCCGCGGCGCGAAGUGGAUCCUUCGCCUCGAAUGCCUCCCUACCUAUUGCUCUUUCGAGUAUGAACUCGCUUUCUGUUAGAUCCCCUGGUGGCUUGUCAAGUGGGGGACUUUCCCCCAUUGACGUGAUGUCAAGCUCAUCUUACAACAACAUGUCAAACUCCAUUGGUCACUCGCCACGCGUUUCCCUUGCGCGUGUACCCCAUCAACGUAAUAUUAGUAGCGAAACACGACGGCUCGCAUCGCCCCGCAAAGUAAGCGAGGUACCCAAGGCGGGGAUUUCAAAGAUACCUGGCGGGUUUUACAUGUGUGAAUGCUGUCCCAAAAAGCCAAAGAAGUUCGAGACAGCAGAAGAACUUAGCGCACACGAGGCAGAGAAACAGUACGAAUGUUCGUUUUGUGGCAAUAGAUUCAAGAACAAGAACGAAGCCGAGCGACAUCAAAACAGUCUUCAUGUUAGACGGCAUAGCUGGUCUUGCUCUGCGUUGCUCCUUCAGCGUUAUGACCGGGCAUUUCACGAGAGUACAAAUCGACCUGGAGAAGCUGAUGUGUGUGGAUACUGCGGAGACGAAUUUGAGCGCCACGGCGGCGUCGGGCGCGCACGACAACCUACUGAGCAAGAUUGGGAGGACCGAUUAAGACACCUUCAAGAGGUGCAUAAGUUCCGCGAAUGCAAUUCGAGUAAGAAAUUCUACCGGGCAGAUCAUUUUCGACAGCACCUUAAGCAUAGCCACGCGGGUACUAGUGGGAAAUGGACGAAUAUGUUGGAGAAUGCCUGCAUGCUCGAUGAGGAACCUCCACAACCAUCAAGAUGA